GCCCUCUUCUACUUUGCUUUCUACUCCUUCUCUUUUUUUUACAUUACUGCUGCUGAUAUUUUGAAGAAGCUCUGGCUUCGAACUGAAGCUAUCUUCCCCUUUUUGGGAUUCUGAUUUUCUGAGUCCAAAAUCAAGCACACCCAUCUUGGAAACCUUCUGAUUUUGUUUUAUUUUCCUUCUGAAAUCCUUCUUUCUCCUUAAAUCUCGAGAAGUCUCCAGCUUUUUAUAUGCUGGGUUGGGGUUUGUAAACUCCAAAGUCACCAUUUUUAUUAGAGAGAGAGUAGUGUUUCUGACAAGAUUUAUCUUGAUGCUCAACAUCUUGUUCUUGAUGUUUGAGAUACAUGUCUCCAAUUCUUUGUGAAAUCCUCCUUUCUGGGUGUAUGAUAAAUUCCUCAUUCAGGCGCAGGACCCAUUUAGUUCAAUCCUUCUCAGUUGUGUUCCUUUACUGGUUGUACUACGUUUCAUGAUUUUCACCCCCCCAAAAGUUUGAAUAUUAGGCUAAUAUUAUUGUAAUUAUAUUGCUAUUAUAUCUAUCUGCUAUAAUAUUAGUGGUUUUUUAGUAUCUGGGUCCUGCAAAUCUCUCUCAGUUUUACUCUUUUACUGUGAAUUUUGUCUGCAAAAUCUGUGUGGUUCAUGGCUUCCUCUAGCGGGACAUCUUCAGGGACGUCUUUGAUCCAGAACUCUGGGUCUGAGGAGGAUUUGAAAGGUUUGAUGGAUCAGAGGAAGAGGAAGAGAAUGAUCUCCAAUCGAGAAUCGGCAAGACGAUCUCGGAUGAGGAAACAGAAACAUGUGGACGAUCUGAUGGCCCAAGUGGCUCAGCUCAGGAAGGACAACCACCAAAUCAUCUCCAACGUCCACAUAACCUCCCAACAUUUCUUGAACAUCGAGGCUGAAAACUCAAUACUAAGAGCUCAAGUGGGCGAGCUUAGCCAAAGGCUGCAGUCUCUGAACGAGAUAAUCACCUUCUUGAACAACAGCAAUGGCGUUUUUGGAGCUGGGGAAACAAGCACCUUCGCUGAGCCAAUCUAUACCUUUAUGAACCCUUUGAAUUUCUCAUAUUCAAACCAGCCUAUCAUGGCUGCCGCAGACAUGUUUCAGUGCUAGCCUUGGUGUUUAGAUAGAGUAAAAGAGAGAGGUUUUUUCUUUUUUUCUUUUCUAUGUCUAUGGUGGGAAAUAUGAAGAAAUUAUCAAUCUGUGGAAGUUGUAAGGAAUAAACAAUUAAUAUAUGAUAUAUAUAUAAAUAUCAAUGUAUUAGAUGUUAUUAUAUAUAUAUAUAUCUGGUUUGUAGUGGCUUUCUUCAGCUAUUUUGUAAUAAUAUUAUUGAACAAGUUUUCGUCAUAA